GCACUCAUAAAUUGUGUGACAUAAAAAUAAGGCAAUUAAAUAACAUAUCAUACAAACUUUUUUUGGACAAUCAGUGCCCAUUUAUGUUAAAAAAAAAGACUAACAAAGAGCACACCAACCCCUCCCCUCCCCCUCACCUAACCAGAAACAUACAGAAACAGAAUUAAUCACAAUCUGCACACAGAAGGAUGCUGCCCAGAACUGAACUGUUGAAGUUAAUCUGGUUGCAGUCCUUCACAAUAUUCCCACUCAUCCUGUUCUUAUUCUUUCUUUACAAAUGGCUACACAAAAAAUCUUCUCCCUGCAAAAGUUCACUUCCUUCUCCACCAAGGCUUCCAAUUAUAGGUAACCUUCAUCAGCUAGGAACUUACCCUCACCGCUCUCUCCAAUCACUAUCUGAAAGGUAUGGGGAGCUCAUGCUGAUUAAUCUAGGGAAAGCACCAGUCCUCAUUGUCUCCUCUGCCAAAGCAGCUCGAGAGAUCAUGAAAACCCAAGAUUUAACCUUUUGCAAUAGGCCAACAUCAAAGACUGGCAACAAGCUUCUCUACAAUGGUAAGGACGUGGCAGCAGCUCCGUAUGGCGAGUAUUGGAGGCAGAUGAAGAGCAUUUGUGUGCUUCAGCUCUUAAGUAACACAAGGGUGCGGUGUUUUCGAAGUGUCAGGGAAGAAGAGAUGACUCUUCUAGUGAAGAAGAUUGAGAAAUCAUCAUCUUCAGCCGUGAAUUUAAGUGAGAUGUUUAUGACUUUAACAAAUGAUGUGAUAUGCAGGGUGGCUUUUGGAAGGAAAUAUAGUGCUAAUGAAGGAUCAGACAUUAACUUUAAGAAGCUUUUGAAGGAGUUUCUAGAAUUGAUAGGAAGUUUUAGAGUUGGAGAUUUUAUUCCGUGUUUGGCUUGGACUAAUUGGCUUGAUGGUUCAGAUGCUAAGGUGGAGAAAGUUGCAAAAGAAUUUGAUCACUUUCUUGAACAGGUUGUUAAAGAGCACCAGGAUGGACAAGCGGGCAACAUGAGUGACGGAGAGAGCGAAAAUGAUGAGAUAAGCAAGGACUUUGUUGAUGUUUUGCUUGAUGUUCAGAAGGAAAAGGCAGCUGGGUUUGCAAUUGACAGAGACAGCAUCAAAGCUCUCAUACUGGAUAUAUUUUCUGGUGGGACUGAUACAACAUACACAGUGCUAGAAUGGGCAAUGACAGAGUUAUUAAGGCAUCCCUUAUUUAUGAGUGAACUGCAAAGAGAAGUCAGAGAAAUUACCGGAGAAAAAUUAUAUGUAAAUGAAGACGACUUGGAGCAGAUGAAGUACUUGAAAACAGUGAUCAAGGAGACCCUUCGUCUACAUCCUCCGAUUCCCUUGCUGGUUCCCAGACAAUCAUUACGAGAAACCAAAGUAAAUGGCUAUGACAUUCCAGCAGGUUUAACAGUAAUAACCAAUGCUUGGGCAAUCCACAGAGAUCCUGCUUCUUGGGAUGAACCUGAAAAGUUCAACCCAGAAAGGUUUUUGAACUCUCCAACAGAUUUCAGAGGCCACGACUUGCAAUUGAUUCCGUUCGGAUCAGGAAGAAGGAUCUGCCCAGGAAUCACAUUCGCCAUUGCUAUUAACGAGCUUGUAUUAGCAAACCUCAUGCAUAAGUUCGACUGGAUGUUGCCCGGUGGAGUAGAUGGUGAGACAUUAGAUAUGACUGAAUGCGUUGGGCUCACGGCCCAUCGGAAGAUUCCUCUACAUGCUAUAGCAACACCAGUCAUUGCAGGUAACUGAAGGUCUUAUGACAGUGAUAACCAGCAACCAGGGGAUGCUUCUUGGUUCAUGCACUUCCAACAUGAUCUUAUAUGUAAAUUAAGCUUCUUACUUGGUACCGUAGUACUCCGUAUUACUCUACUGUCCUUUCAGUACAAUGUACAAUAUGACUUUGAUCAUCCAUAGUUAUGAUAACAACUUCAUUCCCUCACAA